AUUGAACAAUACUCUUAUUUCGCAACAAUAGUUGUCUUCUGUAUUUUUAAUUGUAACACGAGCAGAACGCUUGAGUAUGAUGUAAGUUGUUUACGAUCUAACGUUUUGUUGAUUUUUUUUUUCUCAGUAUUAUACGCGUCAUUGAGAACAGACCACCAAAUCUCACGUCUGACCGGACAAAUCCAGUCUUUGACUAACAUAUCAAUUUACUAUUUAAUCAAGCAUUAUAACACAUACUAUAUCUUGUGGAAUGUCUGUGCUUAAGCCUUUUUCCGUGUUUAGAUUUUUGAUAUCUCUCCGUCUGAAAGUAACAACAUUGUGACGAGAACCGGAAUUUGGCUUCACUGUUUCAGCAUUUUGACUUGCUCAUGUCCAACAAAGCACAACGAACUUUGGCUCAAGUUACGCCAACUCAAGGCAUGGCUAGUCACAGCAGCGGUUUCCGUGGGAGGCCAGCAUUUUUCCCAGCACCUCUCAAGUUUCCCGGCAGUAUGCAGGGUCUACAAAUGUGCAUGGACAGUUCACCUUAUCUACCAGGCGCAGUCGGUUCUCCCGCCCUCGUGACCCUCACCUCACAGGCAGAUGAGUCCGGCAAAUCUGGUCUACAGAUGCAUGGUCUGCGUCCAUUCUCCUCCUCCCAAGAACUUGACAAAGAACCUGUCUCGCCUUAUCACACGCCCUUCACGUCAACUGCUGCUUUUCCUCUUCACACUAUAUUCGGACAAACAGACUCAUACCCCACCAUGCCGACCCACCUUCUCCCUGUUUCUUCCCCCAUUAUGACCCCUCCUGGUUUGAACAGGCAAGUGAGCUUCCUGAAUUCUGGAACGGGGGGCGCCUUUAGACACCUGGGAGUCACAGAUGAUCGAAGAAUUAAUGGAUUUCAUAGAUCUGCUUUUGUUCCCACUAAAUGUUUGAAAGUGGACAAUUCUGAUUUUUUAACGUCUAAGUCUUUUCAGUAUUCACAAUACCAGGGUACUUUAAAUUCGUCCUUUCUGACCCCUCCAAACAGCAGUAGUACUCCCUCCCUUACAGUGGAGCUAUCUCCCUCCGCUCAAGUUAAAGAAGAAUGUUCUACUGAUCUCUCUCUAGCUUCUCCCGAACCUCGACUGGCCGAAACUCCAACCUCUGUAAAUCAAGAGCAAGGUACAUCCGAUGAAGUCCAUCAUCAUCAAAAGCUAAACCAGAAGAGAGUGAUAGACGGUCAAACGACAUGCUGUCCAGUGUGUGGAGUGACCAUCAUUUCGGAUGAACUGUUGUCGCACUUUGAGCAAGAAGUUGAAAAGUUAAAGAACUCGAACAAGGCGCUGAGAAAGUCAACGAGCGAAGGAGUUCCACAAAAUAGACAAACACCUUCUCUCUGGUGGAGCAGGAAUAACGACUUGCCAGGAGACUCGAAUUCUCGAUGGAAUACUUUCCAAAAGGUGCAGCGCAAUCGUCACAGCCGACUCGGAGUACGAACGUGCAAAGCGAAGAAGAGGACGAAAGAGGAGACAUUUUGUCUGGAGUGCAAUGACCAACCAGAAGAGAUUCAGAAAGAAGCCAAUGACACGGAGGAUAAGACAGUGAGCGUUGAGAGGUACGAACACUCUCGUGAUUACGAGUAUACAGGUCUUCAAACCAAAAAAGAUAAUGGUAGAGAUGACGACGAACAAGAUUUGAACGUGGAUGGCGACGACACUGCCACCUAUGGGCAACCACAGUACACAGAAGCUGAUAUCAUAGUUUGUUCUUCAAAUAAACCUCUGGACAUCAGCAACGAACAAGAGUUUAAGAGUGUGAUGUUAAUAGAGGACCAUCCAAAUGUUAUUGAGAGAAUCAAGUGGAUUUCUCAGAAUGGUAACCCUAAUAUAAGCUAA